UCUCCCUCUCUUUCUCUCUCUCUCUCUCUCACACACACACACACACACAUGCCCUUCCUUAAAACCCCAAAUUGAGCUCCUCCAAUCGAUCAAAAACCCUACAAUAACUCAAACAAUAAUCCAAAAACCACCAAGAUGUCAAACCACAACCGCUCUUCUCCUUUACCAUAUUUCUUCCGCACCACCCCCAAGUCCAACAACACCUCCUCCUCCUCCCUCGCCACCAAACACCACUCCAAGGAGGCGCCACCACACUUCUCCGGCAAUCCUAACCUCACCACCUGCCUAUACAACACUGAUUUAGGCCUAUUUGCCCUCACAUGGUCUCGCAAUCUUUGCAGCCGCUCUCUCCACCUCCACUUCCUCCUCGACCACCCCUCCGCCUCCGCCUCCAAUAAUCACCACAACAACCCCUCGUUUCCUUCUCUCUCCACACCCUCUUUCCAUCUCCACAUCAAACCCUUCUUUUUCUGGAACAAACAUGGUUCCAAAAAUAUCAGUACCAACAACACCACAACCAAAAGCAAUAUUCAAAUCUAUUGGGACCUCUCAAGAGCCAAAUUUGGAUCCGGACCAGAACCCCAAUCCGGAUACUUCAUCGCUGUCGUUAUCGCCGGAGUAAUGAUCCUUCUCGUCGGCGACUCUCCCAAAGAAGCUUAUUCGAAAACUAGAGCUUCAACUCCUCAAAGAAAUCAAGUUACGGUUCUUAGAAGAGAACAUGUGUACGGAAACAAACUGUACACUACAAAGGCUAGUUUUGCAGGGAAGGAGAGAGAAAUAUCAAUUGAUUGUAGACAUGGUGAAGACCCAAGAUUAUACUUCAAUGUUGAUAACAAAACGGUAUUGCGGGUUAAGCAUUUGAAGUGGAAAUUUAGAGGAAAUGAGAGGAUCGAAGUUGAUGGAGUUCAUAUACAGGUCUCAUGGGAUGUGCACAACUGGUUAUUUGAAGAUGAUGAAGAUGGGUAUGCUUUGUUCAUGUUCAGGUUUGAGAGACUAGGGUUUGAUGAUGAAGAUCAGUACUUUAACAAUUUGAAUGAUAAGAAUGGGAUGAUUCUGUUGUCACAACAGUCAUGUGGGUUUGAAUUUGAGACGAAGAAGAUGAAGAAGGGCUUGUUGAGGACAACUAGAAGCUCCUCUUCGUCGUCGUUGUCGUCGGCUUCUUCGAGCUGUAGCUCUGUGAUGGAGUGGGCAAGUGUGGAAGAGAAUGAGUUGAAGGGGCCUUCUGGGUUUUCUCUGCUGGUUUAUGCUUGGAAGAGCUGAAGAUUAUCAAGUUCUUAUCUGGGUUUGUUUUCUCUAAUUUGGUAGCUAUAUUUAUUUUCUCACUAACCCAUUAAUUUGUUCAUGAACAUAACAAAAUAAUUCGAUGUACAAGCACGAAAUUGAACUACAGCUCAUAACUUAUAGAUCUAACAACCACUAUUUCUUUUCCAAGACCAAGAGGAAAGAAAAAGAAUAAAUCAUCUGAAUAUGUAACGUAAAUCUUUUGAAUUUGAUUCAAUAUAUCUUUGAUCUUUUCAACACUUUUGUGGUUUCUUUGUAAC